AUGAACGCCCUCCGGCAGACGCGUGCGACCACGACGAAGCUCCUCUCAUCAGCAUCACCAGCCAGCAACGGGACACGAGCCCUCCUUGUCGCCAACGCAUCUGUAGCGCAGUCGUCGGCUGUCCCGCGUCUAAACAUCAGCGGCAGCAACAGCAGGCACUUCGGCACCACUCGACGAGCCAUGGCAAUGCAGGCGUCUAACCGCCUCAAGACGGCGUUUGCCCAGGGCCGCCAGUCCAUGGGCAUGUGGCAGAUGCUGCCAGGGGCAAAUGUCUCGCGCCUCCUGGCCCGGUCGGGGGUCGACUGGGUCAUGGUCGACUGCGAGCACGGCAACAUGGACGAUAGCGCUAUGCACGACGCCGUCCCGGCCAUUGCCGCGCUGGGCGUAUCGCCGUUAGUCCGGAUCCCGGACAUUCAGUCCUGGAUGGUGAAGCGUGCACUUGACUCGGGCGCGCAUGGGGUUCUGGUACCGCUGCUGCGCAGUGUCGAGCAGGCCAAGGAGCUCGUCCAGGCCGCCAAGUUCCCGCCCAUGGGCCGCCGCGGCUUCGGCUCGCCCAUCGCGCCGGAGCGCUUCAACCCCAUGCCGUCCUUCACCGAGUACCUACAGCAGGCCAACGACGCCCUCCUGACCAUGGUGCAGAUCGAGACCCGCGAGGCCCUCGACGUCGUGGAGGACAUUGCCGCCGUCGACGGCAUCGACGUGCUCUUCAUCGGGCCCUUUGACCUCGGCAACAGCAUCGGCCACCCGAUCCUCAACGGCGCAAUGGCCCCCGAGCUCACCGACGCCAUCGGCCGCAUCCUCGCCGCGUGCCGCAAGGCGGGCAAGAAGUGCGGCAUGUACGCCACGAGCGGCGAGCAGGCCAAGACCUUCGCGGACCAGGGCUUCGACAUGAUCAGCGUGGCGGCCGACUACACGGCGCUCGAGUACGUGCUGAAGCAGCAGUUUGGCGCCUCGCAGGGCCAGGGGGCGACGUCCAAGACGGGAUCGUACUAA